AUCGGUGUUAGCCUUUGCUACCGUAUCCAUUCCGACGAAUAGACCAGCUUGUAGCCUGUGAUAGAGAGAACGAGAAAGUACGAUGGGAUGCUGUUGUUCGAAACGAGGUGGAUCAGGAGGCGCCGUCCGAUCCCAGACGGAAAUGAGCACUCAGAAUGGCGGCAAGGUUGGCGGUAGGUCCCUGUCCAUAGCGCGAACCAUGACGCAGCCAAGCAUCAACAUUGAGAAGGGGGCCACCAAGAUAUCAGGCAACGGCUUGGCUUUGGCGGGUGCUGCGAUUGAACAGGAUGCGGCGUAUUGGGAGUGGCACAUCCAUCAAGUGCCAGAAGGGACCAAAGUUUCGUUUGGUGUGGCUCAUAAGAAGGAUCGCAAUUUCUACAAUGAACUAGACAAGAAUAAUGAGGAUUCGCCUGAACACAAUGGAAGAUCCAUGAUGAAAGAAAUU